UUUUUAUUACUUUGUCUUCUAUGAUUCACAAAUUAUAUUCCAUUUUUUUAUAAUAAUUAGUAACUAAAUCAUCUAUCUUCUAAGGAAAAAAAAACGUUUUUAUUACUUGUUUUGGUUCUUCUCUUCUUAGAAGAAUCAUAUAUAUAACUGUUCAAUUCCCUCAUAAUUUUCUUUUAGAACAAGCUGGCCUAUUGCCACCCCUCAUAAUUGCUAUUUGCAGAAGUAAGAUCAACAUGUGGUAGCAGUAAAUUUCAGGACAGGUUUUCCAUUUGGAUUCUUUACAUGUGCUAGUUGGUGUUGCUCCUCUUUGAAGCAUUGUUAAUAGAAGUUAGUUUGUGAUGGGGUUUCAUGACUUGGUUGUGCUAUUUUGUUAUGCUUGGUAUGUCUUUUAUGUAAGUAGUUGUUGCAGUGCUCAGUUACAAUCUUCUCAGACACAAGUUCUAUUCCAGUUGCAAAAACACUUAGAAUAUCCAACACAAUUGGAAAUAUGGAAAGAUCAUUGGAAAGAACUUUGUUUUAUCUCUUCUACACAAGUCAACAUCACAUGCAAGGACAAUUUUGUCACAGAGCUAACUAUCUUUGGUGAUAAAGAAAAAAAAGGUAGAGAUUUUGAUGGUUUUGCUAUUCCAUAUCAAACACUAUCACAAAGCUUCUCAAUGGACUCAUUGGUUGCCACUCUUGCAAGGUUAACUAGCUUGAGAGUUCUUAAUCUUGUUUCUCUGGGAAUUUGGGGACCACUACCUGAUAGAAUUCAUAGACUAUUUUCACUUGAACAUUUGGAUUUGAGUUCAAAUUUUCUUUAUGGAUCAAUCCCUCCAAAAAUUUCUACUAUGGUCAACCUUCAAACACUUAGAUUAAGUGAUAACUUCUUCAAUGGUACUAUUCCAAACUUGUUCAAUUCAUCAAAUACUCUCACAUUUCUCAGUUUGAAGAAUAAUAAGUUGAAUGGUCCAUUUCCAUUUUCAAUCCUUAGUAUCAAAACAUUGAUUAACAUUGACAUGUCAAGCAAUAAAAUAUCAGGUAGCCUGCAAGAUUUUACUGGUUUGAGUAUCUUGGAACAAUUAGAUUUAAGAGAAAAUGAAUUAGAUUCUUCACUACCUUCAAUGCCUAAAGGGUUGAUAAGUCUUUUCCUCAACAAAAACUCUUUCUCAGGUCAAAUUCCAAAACACUAUGGUCAACUAAAUAGUCUUCAGAAGCUUGAUAUUUCCUUCAAUGCACUAACAGGCAUUGCUUUUUCUGAACUUUUUUCUUUGCCUAACAUAAGUUACUUGAAUUUGGGAUCAAACAUGUUGAGUGGACCACUCCAAAAUCAUGUUAAAUGUGGCCACAAUCUUAGUUUUGUUGAUAUAUCAAACAAUAGGUUAGUAGGAGAUUUGCCUUCUUCUCUAAGAAAUGUGUCGGAAAAUCAAGUUGUUGUUAAGAGUGAUGGAAACUGUUUAUCUGGGAGUAGUGUGCAUCAUCAGCAUGCAGUAUCUUAUUGCACAGAGGCUAAUGGAAAGAAGAAACCGUACCGAGUUGGAGUUUUCGUCGGUGUCAUUGUUGGAAUUCUUGUUGUCAUUGUGGUUUUGGGUUUAUGCAUUGUUGUGACUUGUAAAAAGUAUUACUCCAAGGGGAUUUCUGAGCAGCACCUGUUGCAUAAAGCAGUUCAAGAUAGCUACUCAGCAGGGUUUUCUUCUGAGCUUAUUGCAAAUGCAAGAUAUGUUUCUGAAGCUGUCAAAUUAGGCAGAGAAGAUCUUCCAUCGUGUCGAUCGUAUUCAUUGGAAGAGCUACGGGACGCCACAAAUAAUUUUGACAGUUCUAGUUUUCUUGGUGAAAAUAUAUAUGGCAAGUUGUACCAAGGAAAAUUAGAGAGCGGGAUACCAGUUGUAAUAAGGUGCAUACCUUUGUCGAAAAAGUACUCGAUUCGGAAUUUCAAACUAAGGCUGGAUUUGCUUGCAAAGCUUCGCCACCCGCAUUUGGUAUCCCUCUUGGGGCAUUGCAUUGAUGGAAUUUUAGUAGAGCGUAUCGACUCAAAAGUCUUUCUCAUUUAUGAAUGUGUGUCAAAUGGGAGUUUCCAGACUUAUCUCUCAGGAGAUAGUUCUGGCAAGAUUUUCAAUUGGUCGGAGCGAUUGUCGGUUCUAAUCAGUGUUGCUAAGGCUGUUCACUUCUUACACACUGGAAUGAUACCUGGUUUCUUCAAAAAUAGACUUAAGAUCAACAAUGUUUUGCUUAAUGAAAAUUGGAUGGCAAAGUUGAGUGACUAUGGAUUGUCUAUUAUCUCAGAAGAAACUGAUGAAAGUGGGGUAAAAGGAGAAAGCCCUAAUUCAUGGCAAAUGAAAAGGUCAGAGGAUGAUAUUUAUAGCUUUGGAUUCAUAUUACUUGAGGCACUUGUUGGACCUUCAAUGUCUUCUAGAAGAGAAGCAACUGUGCUAAAUGCAAUGGCUUCUUUCAAUAGUCAGGAUGAGUGGAAACAAAUAGUGGACCCAGUUGUGCAAGCUACUUGCUGUAAAGAAUCUCUAUCUGUUGUAAUUGCUAUAACUAACAAGUGUAUUUCUACCGAGUCAUGGAGUCGACCGUCGAUCGAAGAUGUCCUUUGGAACUUGCAGUAUGCUUCUCAAGUCCAGACAACAGCUGAAGGAGAAAAGAGAAUCUGAUACUCCCACUGCAUCCCGUGACAAUCAUUUCUGAUUUUUUGCUUCAAGCUGCUUCAAAAGAUGCUAAUGUUUCAAUGUUUCAUCUUUUGAAAUACUUAAAAGGGAAGAAAUGUUUUGGCUGUAUGCUCCAAUUCAGUCAACUUUCAUCAAUCAAGCCUUUUGAUUUGUAUAGCAUAUUAUACUAUAUAUAUUAUAUAGUAUAAAUGUUGGUCCUCUCUAAAGUCUCAAAUGUUGGUCUUCGUUAACAAGUUCAUGCCUUCUAACCAAAGAUUGUUUCAGUUAGGAUUCAAAUUCAAAUUCUCUUUGUCAAUUUGUUUUUAA